UAACGUUACGUGUGUGCUGUGUCGUCACGUCUUAAAUCAGGAAGAGGAACUGGACUCAGUCGUUAAAGCGAACUUCAUAUUUGUGUGUGGAUCUUCUCUUGCCUUUAAAAACCACGAACUCAAUUACUAUGAAACAUUUAUUACUUCUGCCUCUGCUUGUGUGGGCUGUGUCUUACGCCGACGACGCGAACAAUGGGCAGAAGCCCACUACUACCACUAAACAAUUAACCGCACUCAAGAACACUUCAAACAUCAGCAUCAGUACCGAUGGGUCUGAUAAAAACACCACAAGCAGCGUCAAUAAAAUGGGCUUCGAUCUGGACGGCGCGAUGAUUAACCGGGCACUGUAUGUUCUUAUCGGGAUCACGGCCAUCGGAGUUCUGUAUUUCUUAGUCCGAGCGGUCCGUCUGAAAAAAAAAGGUGUUCAGAGGAAGAAAUACGGGCUCCUUUCAAACCACGACGACACAAUGGAGAUGGCCCACCUGGAAAGCGAUGAGGACGAUAACACUGUUUAUGAAGCCAAAUCUUUGAGAAGAUGAAUCUCUGGGGAUGUGUGAACACUGCCAGAAAAAGAAUGUAAUGAAGACAAUCCCAUUCUCUCCGCCAAAAUGGUUGUUGAAUGAUUUUGUCGUCGUUUUCAACAACCAUGAGAGGACCUGGUCACGACGCUUGGAUGCUUUUGUUCCAAGAAUUAAGUGGAUAUUAAAGUGUGGCUUUAAACUAGAUCGCUACAUUUUGGACUGAUAUGACCAAAUUGAUCUUUUUGGAAAUUUCUUGGAAGGUCGUACUUUUUUUCUUUUCUUUUUUGUGUGGAAAGAAAGUUAGCAGAUGAUCUUCUUUUCUUUCUUUCUGCUACAAAACUGUUUUGUGCCAAAGUUACUUAUGCAUCAUUUUAUUUUGGAGUAUGAAUCUCUUGAGUCAAUGUGUGUUAAUUAAUAUAAAACACACACUAACAGUCCUGAAAGUUGUUUGCUAAUUUAUGAGACCAUUACAUUGUUUGGACUAUGUGAAUUUUUCGUUUUAGAUGUACCAUCAUAUUAUGAAAGAUAUUUUGCUUUUUUAAAUUCUUUCUUUCUUUCUUUCUUUCUUUCUUUCUUUCUUUCUUUCUUUCUUUCUUUCUUUCUUUCUUUCUUUCUUUCU